GCACUGGAGAGGCGUGGCGCCAGCGGCCGUUGAAAAAUGGCGACUGUUACUGAGCUGAAAGCUGUUUUAAAGGACACCUUGGAAAAAAGGGGAGUGUUAGGGCAUUUAAAAGCAAGGAUCCGUGCUGAAGUUUUCAAUGCCCUGGACGAUGAUCGUGAACCCCGGCCAUCUUUGUCUCAUGAGAACCUUCUAAUUAAUGAAUUAAUUAGGGAGUAUUUGGAAUUCAAUAAAUAUAAAUACACAGCCUCUGUUCUCAUAGCAGAAUCUGGUCAACCUGUAGUUCCAUUGGACAGACAGUUUCUCAUCCGUGAACUAAAUGCCUUUGAAGAAUCAAAGGAUAACUCAAUUCCUCUGUUGUAUGGGAUUUUAGCCCAUUUCUUGCGUGGUCCUCCAGAUGGAGUCCAGAAUGUGCUUCUGACAGAGUCAACCCUGCACCCGGCAGACAAGCAUCUCAGCUGGAAGCCCAGCAGACAACCUGAUGAUGACCACAUGAGGAAGGACAUGGGGCCAAGAACCACAACUGAAGAGCUUCGUGCUGCUGCACAAGCAGUCAGCAGAUGACACGUACACCAGGCUCUUCACCUCAGCUGUGUGGAGUAACUGGCAGGUUAUUCCCAAUGCCAUCAAUUGGACCACCACUGCUUGUAAAUGUUUGAGUGUCUACAUUCAGCUGCUCAUGGUUUACUACAGCUGUGGAACACUGAUCUGUCAUCUAGCUUGCUGGAUGUCACUGGGGAAAAUUUAUUGUUUUCAGGAUGCAUUUUUAAAGUUCUCAUUUGUGAAAUCUGAAAGGGCUUUCUAGUACUUUGUAUAGUUUUUUUUUUUUUUUUUUUUUUUUAAGGCCAGCUCCAAUGGCUGUUGAUAUGCUGCUGUUAAAGCACUUCCCUUCCAUGUGCAGGGUCCUGGGUUCAGUCCUAGCACUGAAGAAAGAAAACACAAGAACAGGUCUUUGUCCAUAUGCUCUGCUCAUUAAACUUUUUUCAGCUAGAAUUAUAUGGACCUAUGGGGAAAGUCAUUCAUGUUUUGAAAAAGUAUCUAAAGGAGCAUUAAAACCAGAACUUAAUUUGUAUGAAAUUUGAAUUUUUUAAAAGAACACCUGAAUUAUUGCCUGCCCUGGCUAGUUUUAUAUCCACUUGAUACAAGUUAGAGUCAUUUGGGAAGAGGGACUCUGAAUUGAGAAAAUCCCUCCAUCAGAUUGGCUUAUGGGCAAACCUGUAGUACAUUUUUCUUGAUUCAUGAUUGAUGUGGGAGGGUCCAGCCCAUUGUGGGUGGUGUCACCCCUGGGCAGGUGAUCCUGGGUUCAGUAAGAAAGACUGAGCAAGCCAUGGGGAGCAAGCCACUAAGUAGCACUCCUCUGUGGCCUCUGCAUUAGCUUCUGCCCUGAUUUCUCCCAGUGACGAACUGUGAUAUUGAACAAUAAGCUGAAAUAAACCCUCUUCUUCCCAA